AGCGGAGUCGCCCUCUGCUGGUCGCGCCAGAGAAUACAGGCUUCAGGCAAAUUCUUAUAUACAAUCUAUAUGACAUGCUAUGCACAUAUUGGAAUGUCAACAUGUGUAAAUCGGAUAUUCGAAUAUCUGACUAUGGAUCCUUCAUUUCCACACAUCUGAAAUCAGCAGUGUGACCCGUGAAUUGAUGGUCAACAGAAAAUCUUGUGAUUGUUUUCCUUCAUGCAUUCAUCGUUCAUGUUUCCUUGCCCUUUAGUUGUUACCAGUCCGGCGUUAUCUUGAUACUCGUUAUAGCUUAUUUGUAUUUAUAUAUUUCAUGUUUGGUCCCCCGGUGUAGCAGUGAACGGGUUAACGCUGACAGUGGGACCGUCCUAUCAGUGCCCCUCGGUGCAGUCCCAGCCCACCGCCUCCUGCCUCCGUCCCUCCGGAGAGAGAGAGCCUGCGUGUGUGUGUGUGUGUGUGUGUGUGUGUCAGGGCUGUUUGUCAUCCUGGCAGGACACACUCCAUGAGAAGCAGCCCUCUCUCUCUCUCUCUCUCUCUCUCUCUCUCUCUCUCUGGGACGUGUUGCUGCCUCCUCCUCCUCCUCCUCCUCGGGCUGCACUGUUUGUUUAAGAGCCUCGCGGAUAUCGGAGCUAAAGCCGGAGGAGUCCCGUGUCUGUGUUUUGCUUCUGUUCCCCGUCUUCUCCUUCUUCGUGGUGGACACGAAGAAGCGCCGCGUGUUGCAGAUCCCACCGGCGAUAACGAGCGCAGAGCACCGGCGGACACGCGCGCGCGCGCACACGCACAACACGAGGAGUGACAGUGUCCCUGCCAGGCCCGCUGGGAGAGGACCAUGGCCCUGAGCGACGCGAGCGGAGACCCUCUGGCCCUCGGUAACGGAGGGCACCCUCUCCUCGACGCCAGUGGGAGCACCCCUUCAGACGCCAGCACACUCGUGAGCAGCAGCCAGGACCCUCUCACAGCCGCCUGCAGUAGUGACCAUCUCAGCGCAGAUGGGGACGAAGAGGUUGCCGCUAAGGACGUAGUGUCUAAAGAGCAGCAGAAGCAGCAGACGUCGUCACACGUUGUCCAGAGAGCGAACAGGCCGAACCAAAACGGUGGUGUGGUCAAACAGAACGGCUCCCUGAGGAACCUUCCCCUGUCCUCCACUGCCUCCUCCUCCUCCUUCGCCGCUGCCACAGACUCCCAGAGGCUGGCCGGCCGCCACCUCCCCUCCACCCAUACCCCGUCCUCCGCCUCCUCCUCCUCUUCCUCCCCUCCUCCUCCUCUCCAGCCCCCGCCACUUUGCUGCCAGCACUGUCACUUCCACUCCGCCCUCUGCUGCCCCUGUGGACAGCAGGAGUGCCCACUCUUUCAGAAUCCGGGGGCAGGCGUUGGGCCCGGUCCGGUCCCCCACCCCGGCACCACUUCCUCCUGCCCAUGCUGCCUCUCGGCUUGCACGUACUCCCACCCCCAUCCUCCGCACUCGGCCUCCCUUCUCUGUCUCCAUCACCACCACCACCACCAGCGCUGGCAGGAGCACCUCCAGAGUCACACGCACGCCGCUGGAAUCAGCCCUGCAAGGCCCUUUCGAUUCCCCAAAAGCUACGCUGAGCUGAUAGCCGACUGGCCAGUGGUGGUGCUUGGGGUGUGCACGGUGCUCAUCGUGGUGUGCGCCCUGGUGGGCGUCCUGGUGCCGGACCUCCCCGACUUCUCUGAUCCACUGCUGGGUUUUGAGCCGCGGGGGACAGCCAUUGGUCAGCGGCUGGUCACGUGGAACAACAUGGUGAAGAACACGGGCUACAAAGCCACGCUGGCCAACUACCCCUUCAAAUAUGCUGACGAGCAGGCCAAAAAUCACCAGGAGCCAAGGUGGCCCGAGGACCACUUCGACAGGGACAAGCGACAAGCAGAGUGGGACUUCAGCAAAGAGUUUUUCUGUGACGUGCCAGGUGACAGCUACUCUAGACUAGUGUUCACUUCAGCUGAGGGGAAGAGCCUGUGGAGUACUGAGGCCAUCAAGUCGAUGUGCAACCUGGACAACACAAGGGUACGUUCCCACCGUGACUACUGGAGUCUCUGUCAGCGCACCAACGACGCCUCCUGCUGCCCCAGCUGGACCCUCGGUAACUACGUCGCCAUCCUCACCAAUAUGUCGUCCUGCCAGAAGAUCACCGAUCGCGAGGUGUCGCACACACUUAAGAUCCUGCGCUCGUGCGCCAAGUACUACCACAACGGCACCCUGGCCCCCGACUGCUGGGACAUGGCGCUGCGGCGAAAAGACCAGCUCAAGUGCGCCAGUGUUCCCCGCAAGUGCACCAAGUACAACGCCGUCUACCAAAUCCUCCACUUCCUGGUGGACAAGGACUUCCUCCCUCCCAAGAGCCUGGAUUCCCCUCCACUCGUGCUCAAGUACAGCAUGCUCUUCUCCCCCACGGAGAAAGGAGAGUCCAUGAUGAACAUUUACCUGGACAAUUUCGAGAACUGGAACUCGUCGGACGGCGUCACCACGGUCACAGGGAUCGAGUUCGGCAUCAAGCACGACCUCUUUCAGGACUAUCUCCUCACGGACACGGUGUACCCCGCCAUCGCCAUCGUGAUCGUCCUGCUGGUCAUGUGCGUGUACACGCGCUCGGUUUUCAUCACACUGAUGACGAUAAUCGCCAUCAUCAGCUCACUGAUCGUAUCAUACUUCCUCUACCGGAUGGUCUUCGACUUCGAGUUCUUCCCCUUCAUGAACCUCACGGCUCUCAUCAUCCUUGUGGGCAUCGGCGCAGAUGACGCCUUCGUGCUCUGCGACGUGUGGAACUACACCAAGUUCGACAAACCGCAUGCCGAGCUGGCAGAGACGGUGGGUGUGACCCUGCAGCACGCUGCCCUGUCCAUGUUUGUUACCAGCUUCACCACCGCUGCGGCCUUCUAUGCCAAUUACGUCAGCAACAUCACAGCCAUACGCUGUUUCGGCGUCUAUGCUGGGACCGCCAUUUUGGUUAACUACAUCCUCAUGGUGACGUGGCUCCCAGCUGUGGUGGUGCUCCAUGAACGCUACCUGCCCAACAUGUUGUCCUGCUCCAAGCCUCAACAGCAGCAAAGAGGCUACUGCACUCGCACGUUCUGGGCCGGGGUUUGUCAGAAGGCCAACAAGUGCCUGUUCACCGUCUCCGAAGCGUCACGGAUCUUCUUCGAGAAGGUACUGCCCUGCAUUGUCAUCAAGCUGCGCUACCUCUGGCUCUUCUGGUUCCUGGCCAUCACUGUGGGCGGGGCCUACGUGGUUUGCGUCAACCCCAAGAUGAAGCUCCCGUCCCUGGAGCUGGCCGAGUUUCAGGUGUUCCGCUCCUCCCACCCGUUUGAGCGCUACGACUCCGAGUACAAGAAGCUCUUCAUGUUCGAGAGGGUCCACCACGGGGAGGAGCUCCACAUGCCGAUAACCAUCAUCUGGGGAGUGACCCCCGAGGACAACGGAGACCCCCUGAACCCAAAAAACAAGGGGAAGCUGAUGCUGGAUAGCAGCUUCAACAUUUCCAGUCCAGCGUCUCAGCUGUGGAUCCUCAGCUUCUGCCAGAGGCUGAGGAACCAGAGUUUUGUCUUUCAGUCCGAGGAGCAGGACUUUACCAGCUGCUUCAUCGAGACAUUCAAACAGUGGAUGGAGAACCAGGACUGCACAGAGGGCUCCGUCUACCCCUGCUGCAGUCAGUCCACCUUCCCCUACAGGCCCGACGUCUUUGAGCUGUGCAUCAAGAGGGCCAUCAUGGAGCUGGACCGGAGCACCAACUACCAUCUGGACAGCAAGACCCCCGGGCCUCGGUUCGACAUCAACGACACCAUCAGGGCCAUAGUGUUGGAGUUCAAGAGUACAUACCUCUUCACGCUGGCCUAUGAGAAGAUGUACCAAUUCUACCUCGAGGUGGAUGCCUGGAUUGCGGAGGAGCUGCGCUACGCCCCUGCGGGCCUUAGUAACGGCUGGUUCAUCAGCAACCUGGAGUUCUACGACCUGCAGGACAGCCUGUCGGACGGCACCCUGGUCGCCAUGGCACUGUCAGUGGCUGUGGCCUUCAGUGUCAUGCUCCUGACCACCUGGAACGUCAUCAUCAGCCUGUACGCCAUCCUGUCGAUUGCCGGCACCAUCUUCGUCACGGUCGGCUCCCUGGUGCUCCUGGGCUGGGAGCUCAACGUCCUGGAGUCGGUCACCAUAUCUGUGGCCGUGGGGCUGUCGGUGGACUUUGCGGUCCACUACGGCGUGGCCUACCGGCUUGCCCCGGAGCCCGACCGCGAGGGCAAGGUGAUUUUCUCCCUCAGCCGCAUGGGCUCUGCGAUUGCCAUGGCGGCACUGACCACCUUCGUGGCCGGGGCCAUGAUGAUGCCCUCGACAGUGUUGGCCUACACGCAGCUGGGCACAUUCAUGAUGCUGAUCAUGUGCAUCAGCUGGGCCUUCGCCACCUUCUUCUUUCAGUGCAUGUGCCGCUGCAUGGGACCCCAGGGCACCUGUGGCCAAAUACCCCUGCCCAAAAAGCUGCAGUGCCAGGCCUUCACUGAGGCCACAGCCACAAACCCCUCGGCUCAGGGGAAAGCCUCUGGCCAGGCGAAGUACCAGCUGGACAGCAGAGACGGGCAGGUGGAGCAUUACGAGUUAGAGCCACUGGCGUCCAGUCUAAAGACUGAGGACAAACCUCGAGAGGAGCAUGAGGUUUGUCCUCAGCUCUAUAACGGAAUACCGCCGCACCACCACGCGGCCCCUUAUUCACACAUCCAUUAUAAAAGCAAAGCUGAGACUGGACGAGCAGGCGUUGAGAACGGGUUUGUGGCCACGCUGAGCGCACCGUCCAGGUGCCAGUACUCUCAAAACACUAACUGCACCUGCGGGGACCCCCCCUCUCCUCACCUGCCUCAGCAGCUGACCCCCCACGCCUGCGCCCAGCCUCCCCAGGACUCCACUUCCUGCCCUCCCGCCCCUCACUCAGGAAACACGCCGUGCAAACAAAACACGUCUCUCUUACCUCCCAACCUGGACCCGGUCUACACACACAUGGAGUGCCGCAUGCACUACAUACACUGUCACCCCGCCCAUUUCCACCACUGCUCCCAAGGCAGAGUUGCCCCAAGACAAGGACCUGUGCACAGCUGCCAUCUCAGGAAGUACUGCGUCCACACUGGUUCCGCCAGAGAACAGAGACCCCAGUGUCCAGAGUCUGCGGGACAAGAAGAAUAUCAGAAACCUGAAGUAAGUCAGACGAGUCCGGACCGUAGCCAAAACACCAGCAAAGCGGCACCGACGCAACAUCACACUCGAUGCCCCUCCCCCCCACAGGACUCGCCGCACACAGCCUGUCACGAGAGACAGAAGGCAAGAGACAGAGUCCGCUGUUGUGGCGACGACCGCUCGUCCGCCACAACCGCAGAGACGACAGCAACGCUAACGGACACUUGCUGUCAAAUCCCUGGCAACCAGGAGAAGCCCGACAGCAUUCCCGUCGCACGGGAGCAGAGCGUCAAAGAGUGCGAACGGACCCCCAGAAGUGAGCGCGCGUCGUCCGCCUCUCCAAAGAAGCUCUACUGUUUCAACAGGACGUUGAAAGUGAAGUGCAAUUCAGCUUCGGACUUUAGCGUGCCAAAAAGUGAAACCAGCGUGCCUCCUAUUGCAAUAAACACUAAUCCCUCCUCUGAAAGCUUGUGUUGAUGACACAUGGAUAUUUUGAUAAAUGUCAAUCCAAAACAAAUAGCCCAAAAAAAUCAAAAAAGGAAUGACUCCUUCAAUGUUUUUAGUGCAAAGCAACGAUGUUCUGGAUGUGUUUUCUGACCAAGUGCCUCCACGUGUUUUAUAAAACAGCACAGACCCAGCAAACAUUCUGUUUGCAUUCUGCUUCACGUGUUUGAUUUUUACAGUGAAACACAUAAACACACCAUUGAGAAAGCUACACCACUAUGGGAAAUUAAUGUUGUUGUUUUGUUUACACAAAGACAUCUCCACGAAGUGUUGCAAACUAAAGUGUCCAGUGUUGGUCAGCAGCCGUAUGCACCGACGGUAAAAUCGUACAGUAAAUUGUCGUGAUAUUGUGUGUAAUUAUAAAUACACGUUAACAAAAAAAGCGCCACAUUUUAUGAGCUGACGUCAAAUCAUCGCCUGACACUUUUUUGUUGUUGUUGUAUUUUUGUGGGACCCAUUGUUCAAUUCUCAGCGUGCCAUCGCGUUCAAGUCGCCACAUGCCUCAGACAUAAGAUGUAUCGUAUGAUUAAAAUGUCUUUUUUAUCACUAUUGUCA